UCUCCUGCGCUGCUUCCCUGGCUCUGCAUGCGCCCAAGCCUCCGCUGAAGGAAUCCUAUUUGCGUCCGCUGGUCACCAGCAUGGUGCGGCUCAGCCGAGCCCUCCUGAGGGAGUAUGGCAGGUUUAUGGAUGACCUUAGGAUCUAUGUGAAAGGAGGAACUGGCGGAAUGGGCCAUCCUCGAUUAGGUGGGGAAGGUGGGAAAGGCGGUGACGUCUGGUUGGUAGCUCAAAAGAAAAUGACAUUGAAGAGACUUAAAGAUCGAUAUCCAGGCAAACGGUUUGUAGCAGGAACAGGAGCCAACAGUAGUCUUGCUACACUGAAAGGUGCUAAGGGAGAAGAUUGUGAAGUGAAUGUGCCUCAAGGAAUAUCUGUCACAACGGAUCAUGGGAAAGUGAUUGGUGAACUUGACAGAGCAAAAGACAGAUUGUUGGUGGCACGAGGAGGUGUUGGUGGAUGCUUGGCGACAAAUUUCUUGCCCUCCAAAGGUCAAAGGCUCAUGAUUCACCUUGAUCUCAAACUUAUAGCAGAUGUUGGCUUGGUUGGAUUUCCAAAUGCAGGAAAAUCCUCUUUGCUAACAAAGAUUUCUCAUGCUACACCUCAGAUAGCAGAUUAUGCCUUUACGACGAUAAAACCUGAACUUGGAACAGUCAAGUAUGCUGAUUUUAAACAGAUCACAGUUGCUGAUCUUCCAGGACUGAUUGAAGGUGCACAUGAAAAUAAAGGAAGAGGACACAAGUUUCUGAAACAUGUGGAAAGAACCAAACAGCUCCUCUUUGUUGUUGAUGUAGCUGGGUUUCAGCUUUCUCCUACAAACCCAUUCAGAACAGCCUUUGAAACUGUAAUACUACUUGCAAAGGAGCUGGAACUAUAUAAAGAAGAACUUCGAACUAAAUCUGCACUUCUGGCUGUUAAUAAAAUGGAUUUGCCCAAUGCGCGAGAAAAAUUAAAUGAGUUUAUGGAACAGCUGCGGAAUCCUCAAGAUUAUAUGCACACUCUUCCAAAAAAUAUGAUUCCAGAAGUCACUGUCAACUUCAAAGAGAUCAUCCCUAUAUCUGCACACUCUGGUGAAGGAAUUGAAGAACUGAUCAUGUGCUUAAGAAAAGUACUAGAUGAAGAAUCUGAGAAGAAGAUUGAAGAUUAUCAGAACCAGCAGCUUCGUGCACUGAGGAGCUCAGAAAUAUAGCAGUUUCUUAACACACACAAACUAUUAUAUGAUAUUAAGACAUGAAUCUUUGCAGGCCUCUGAACACAACUGAGUUUGUGGCAAGUCACACUCUUUCAGGUCAACCAUUUCAAAAAGAAAAGAGUAUGUUAUUUUCCAGUUUCUGUAAAAUACAGAAAAGUGUAUCAUGAUCUUUUACAACAAGUCUUCAAGUUGCACAAACCUCUUAAUUGUAGAAUAUAUUUCAAAAAAUGUAAAUAAACAUGUAAUUUUAUAUAAAGAUGUAAUAAGGUAUUAUUUUUGUUAUCGUUUACUAGAGAUUUCAAGAGUGGCAUCCUUGAAUCAGUGGAAGAGAAGAACGUAUAAAACUACAUGUGUUCGCUUUCCUGAAAUAUUUUGGGCAGAAAUAUUUAAAAUCACUAAUAAAGUGAUUUAUCAGUAGCAGUGAUAAAUUGAAGCAUGGCAGUGACAUAGUCUCUAUCCUGGAUGCCCCAAAUAUGAACAGAGGAAAAGAGAAGAGACAAAAGAGUUAGACAACAGUGGCAAAAGUGGGGUCCGGAAAUUAACAUAGUGGCUGGCAAAGAAUGCCUUCUGGUGGAUCAGACAAUGUUUGUCACUUCUACAGCCAUAGAUAAUCCAAAAUAAACAAAACUCAAAUUUUGCACUACGGAAUUAUACAUUCUUGAUCAGAAUAAAUUAUAUCUCCCUAAAUUAAACUGAACUCGCCUCUUUUGAGCAGGGACACUAAAAAUGGUUGAUUAGAGAUGGCUGCAACUGAAUUGGAAAGGAAGCAAAGGCCACUGAUUCUUCCCACAUAAUCAGAUCAGCUUUGGGAUGGCUUCCUAAUAGGGUCCUGAAUAAUCUGCUGCAA